CCUUUUCCUGUCGUGGUUACAGUUUAAUAGACGCGUACAGUUUUGUGGGUUGUGUAGGUUUUGUUGAAUGUACGGAUGUACUGUAUGAUCACUGAUUCUAAAACGGAAAAGCGUGGGACAGAAAACAAGAAAAAAAUACAACCAGCAACACAGUGUUAUCUUAAUGGAUCGGCUUUAGUUAAAUUCUUAUUAUGAACGUCAUGGACUUCAACGUCAAGAGGUUUGCUGCCGACGCCGGUACUUUCCUUAGCCGAGCAGUGCAGUUUACAGAAGAAAAACUUGGUCAGGCUGAAAAGACUGAAUUGGAUGCUAAUCUGGAAAACCUUUUAACCAAAGCUGAAAACACCAAAAUAUGGACAGAAAAAAUAAUGAAGCAGACAGAAGUGCUUCUGCAGCCAAAUCCAAAUGUAAGAAUAGAAGAAUUUCUGUAUGAAAAACUGGAAAAAAAGGCUCCAACACGAAUGAACAACCAUGAACUUUUGGGACAGUACAUGAUCGAUUCUGCAACUGAUUUUGGACCAGGCACUGCCUAUGGAAAUGCUCUUGCAAAAUGUGGUGAAACUCAGAAGCAAAUUGGAAGUGGGGAAAGAGAAUUUAUACAGAGUACUGCGAUUAAUUUUCUGACUCCAUUUCGAAACUUCCUGGAAGGGGAUUUCAAAACAAUUUCUAAAGAACGCAAACUUUUACAAAACAAACGCCUGGAUCUUGAUGCUGCCAAGACGAGGUUGAAAAAAGCUAGAGUUGCAGAGGCCAAAGCAGCACAAUUAAACCAAUGUCAGCCAAGUGGGGAAAACCCAAUGGUAAAUUUCUCUUACAUGCUCAACUACCUGCAUGUAAAAUGGCUAAAGAUGUGGGCUGAAGAGGUGACCAAAGCUGAGCAGGAGCUAAGAAUAACUCAAAGUGAGUUUGAUCGGCAGGCUGAAAUAACCAGACUUCUCUUGGAAGGAAUUAGCGGUACCCAUGCACAUCAUUUGCGCUGUCUGAAUGAUUUUGUGGAAGCCCAGGCAACUUAUUAUGCACAGUGUUAUCAGUACCUCUUGGACCUUCAGAAGCAAUUGGGAAGCUUUCCAUCCACCUUUUCCUCAAACAACAAUCAGACCUCCACAAGUUCGCUUCCCAGCAUUUCUGUACCCUCCAUUCCAAUUUCUACUUCUCUUCCCACUCAAGCAAAUUCUGUUGUCACCUCAGGCUUCAGUGAACUGAGAGCUUCAAGUGGCAGCAGAAAGGCUAGGGUGUUAUAUGACUAUGAUGCGGCAGACAGCAGUGAACUGUCCCUGCUUGCAGAUGAGGUUAUAACAGUGUACAGUGUUCCUGGAAUGGAUUCUGAUUGGCUGAUGGGCCAGAGAGGAAACCAGAAGGGCAGAGUGCCUAUUACCUACUUGGAACUGUUAAAUUGAUCAGGCAAGAAAAAAGGCAGAUAUCUAUUACAGCUGUGAUUUCAUAUUUAUAAGCAUUUUCUUUCAUCUAAACCAAGUUAGAUGUCUUCCACAUUUAUAUGAUGUUAUUGAUGCCACAGCACAAGUGCCCGUAAUGAUGGAAAUAUCAUUAUAAAUAUCAGACUUCUGUGUAAUUCUGAUUUGCAUUUUGUUAAACGUUUUUACAGUCUCUGUGCCAAUAAGACUUCAUGAAUUUAUUUUCUUCUAAAUUUUUCAACAACUUCAAGCAUCAGCUUUUAUGUACCCUAGUGCCUAAAAUAAAUUUUUUUGCCAUA